AUGACCACUACAACGACUACCCAAUCUGUUCCUAUAGAGUUGUGUCAGGUCUCUGAACAACCCAAUGUUAGGGGAGGCGCCACGAGUCCAGAUUCUACGGGCCCUGAACCUAAGUCCCUUGGUCGGGUUGUUUAUCUCAAGAUUCUAAGCGCAUGUUUCUCAUUCCUGGUGGCUGGUGUGAACGACGGCAGUGUGGGAGCCUUGAUCCCGUACAUGAUCCGUGAUUAUGAGAUUAACACAGCCAUUGUGUCGAGUGUCUCAUGGAUAUGGGAGCUAUAA